UUCUGCCUCAUAACUUCAAGAAGAGCUCUUAUCUAAAACAUUUCAAAAAAAAAAUGAAGAUGAUGCUCCCUAUUUUCUUCAUCAUCAUCUCCCUUGUUUCAUCCAUCUCUUUCGCCUCUGUUCAAGACUUUUGUGUAGCUGAUCCAAAGGGUCCUCAAAGCCCAGCAGGGUACUCUUGCAAGAACCCUGACCAGGUUACCGAAAAUGACUUUGUAUUUUCCGGCCUCGGUAAAACUGGAAACACUUCGAACAUCAUUAAAGCCGCGGUGACUCCAGCCUUUGCGCCAGCUUUCGCAGGUACCAAUGGUCUUGGUGUCUCUAUGGCUCGUCUUGACUUAGCCGCUGGUGGUGUCAUCCCUCUUCACACUCACCCUGGUGCCUCUGAGGUCCUUGUGGUCGUACAAGGCACCAUUUGCGCCGGGUUCAUCUCCUCUGCUAACAAAGUUUACUUGAAGACACUCAACAGAGGCGAUUCGAUGGUGUUUCCUCAAGGGCUUCUUCAUUUCCAGCUUAACUCUGGGAAAGGCCCUGCCUUGGCCUUUGUCGCCUUCGGAAGCUCCUCCCCUGGACUCCAGAUUCUAUCCUUUGCUCUGUUUGCAAACGAUUUGCCUUCAGAACUCGUUGAAGCCACCACGUUCCUUAGCGACGCAGAAGUCAAGAAGCUUAAGGGUGUGCUUGGAGGAACUAAUUAAGCUCCUCUUUGUUUUCAUUUGUCUCUAUUUUUUUUCUUUCUCAAAAUGAGGUUGAUGCGUGUUUUGUUAUUCGAGUUCCUUUUGUGUGUUGUUAUUUGUUGGUCUCAAUGUUUUCAUUUCCCAAUCUCUUCGGCUUGAUGAAUUGUAAUAACUAAUAAUUAUAUUUCAGUUAUAUGUCUCAAGAGGCUUUUCAACUACUA